AUGGAUCGAUAUAAGCGGGUCAAGCGGCUGGGUGCGGGGGCUCAGGGCGACUGUUAUUUGGUCCGCGACAGAAAAACAGGAGAGCUCUGUGUGAGCAAGGACAUAAAGCUCUCGUUGAUAAGCCCGGAGCAGCGCCAGAAUGCGCUCAACGAAACCACAAUACUACACGAUGUGAGCGACCACCCGAACAUCAUCAGGUAUAUCAGCUCUCAUCUGAAUGCAAAGAAACAGGUCCUUCACAUGCUAAUCGAAUAUGCGGAUGGAGGUGACUUGGAGCAGCAAAUACAGUUGCGGCGUAGUCUCCUUGACGAGCACCUUGGAACUUGCUCCCUGGAGAAUUCGUCUAGCUCAUCGGGGGCAAAGUACGCAGACUUGCGGCGCUACGCAUCCGUGUUCUUCAGAGAAGAACACGUUCUUUUGGUAUUCAUUCAAGCGCUCGCCGGUCUACAUCACCUUCAUUCAAGAGAUAUUCUCCAUCGGGACAUUAAAAGCCAGAACAUCUUCCUGUCUAGUGACGGCUUAAUUAAGUUGGGAGACUUCGGAAUAGCACGGCAGCUAGACAAAGAGCAGAUGGCAAGCACAUACGUGGGCAGCCCUUGCUACAUGUCUCCCGAAUUGUACAAAAGGGAGGCUUACAACAGCAAGAGUGAUAUCUGGGCGCUGGGCUGCGUCCUUUUUGAGCUCUGCUGUCUGCGCAAGCCGUUUCAAGGUUCUAACAUCGUGGUCUUGGCGAUGCAGAUUACACAGAAUCAACCACCAGCUCAUUUGGAUGCGCCGUCUGGCUUGUAUCCGGCUGAAUUGCACCGCCUGGUCAACCGUAUGCUCCAAGUUGCUCCCGAGGAGAGGCCGUCGACGGCUGAAAUCGUAGCCACGCCAUACAUCUUGAGGGCUGUGAAAAAACUGCUCAAGAGGUACCCUCAGUUGCACUAUUUGCAACCCUACCUUGCCUCCUCAGUGACAACUGCUAUUUCCCCACCGCUCGCUGGCCCCAGCACCCCUACAAUUAAGCCCGCUGUAAAGGGUGGUGAAUCCGAGAUUCUGCUGACAAAAGAGGCUUGCUUGGAGCGCCUGGACUCCAGCUUGGACCCGCUGGCUUCGCCGACUCUGGAUGCGUUGUUCGAAUGCUCGCUAACAGACUGCGCGCCGCAGGCUCAUGCUGUGAUUUCCAUUCUCCGCAAGAGACGAGACCAGCUUGCGACCGACGGCCAGAGAGGCGGAAUCGCCGAUCGCCCCACUCGUCUCCUGAAUGAUCCUGAGCCGGGGGAAGGCAGCCCGUUGUCGAUGCAGCAGCAACUUCGUAUAGUGUGGAAGUGUCUGAGCUCGACUUUUCCUGAUUAUUUGUCCAGCUGCGCUCAACCGCCGAGGGCCGUUAACUCUCUGGAAGGAGACGAAGAAUUCUGCUCGACCGGUGGGAACGGAAAUGCGCGGCGUGGCGACUGGACCACCAGUCACAGCACUGCCAGCAGAAAGGCAGAAUCGGCUUCCGUUGGAGUCACAUUCGCCAACCCGCACGAGUCUCGAGAUGAGACAGGCCCUACCUGUUUCCCUGAAAUCAACCCCGAAGACGACGCCGCGCCGGCGACAAUUCCGUGGAGAAAGCUGUCUUGCACACCCGAUGAUGCAGCAGCAUGCAGUGGAGGUUCUUCAUUCGAUGACGACCCAGCGGAGUGGACGGGCAGCAAGUGGAGUUCCUCCAACGCACAGGCAGCAGUCUUUGGCAACCCGUUUGCUCCGAACCCCGCAGCCAGGGCAGGCGAUAAGUCUGAAUUACUACACAACACGUCAGCGUCUCCCCGCGAACACCACGCCAUCACUCGCGAACUGCUUCACGUGCUCAAGAACGUGCGAAUGAGGACCAAAAACCAUAAACUUGGAGCGAGACGAAAAACGCCUCAGCCGCAUUCCCAGCCUGAAGCAGCAGAGAGCUCUGAGCCCUGCAGCGGCACCCGUGGAGGAGCUGGUUCCUCCAGUCCUCACAGCCAGCCACCUCCCGAAGAGGAGAAUGAUGGAGGAAGGCCACCACUGCCCUCGCGUGGGAUUGGGACGACCGAGGAGCUUCAAUUGGAACCCGGCAAUAGAACGAAGCCCGAGCUCGAGUUUACCGCAGACCGACCGGCUUCAGUACCGAAAGAUCAACAGGGACCCGAUUAUAAUGCGAAAGAAGUUGACACCGAAAGCGAAAAUCUUGACACGACGGAUGGCGAGGAACAGGCCAGACGACUUUCGGGAAUCCAGCUCGAGGCGUUGCUGCAGGAGUUGCUCGUCAGAGACACGUAG